AUGGCUGACACUAAUUGGUUGUUUUGCUAUGAUGCAGAUGGUGAAGGUUCAGCAUCAGUAUCUUCACUGGUGACCUUUGACAGGGAGCAAGAAAAAGAAUAUCGUAUUCCAGUUCUGAUCACUGAUUCUGGACAGCCUUCUUUAACAGGAACGGGAACUGUAGUUGUUGUCAUUGGUGAUGUCAAUGAUAAUAAAAUGAAACCAGGAAUGAAAAAUAUUCUUGUAUAUAGUUACCAGGUUAGUGGAAUAACAAAACCAGGCAACUGUGAACAUUUUUUGGAGCUUGGAAGAAACUGUUUAAUAAUCGGGGGUGCUAAUGACAUUUAUAGGAAUGAGGGUAAACUCCCCACAGGAGUGCUAAGAAGCACACUACAGAAAAUUACAAAUGUGAACUUCUAUAUUGCAAAUCCAGCAGUAGAAUCUUCACUUGCCACAAAAGUAGCUGAAGCUUCCACAACAGCUUCAACAGUAUCAGAAGCAGCUACAGACUAUACAGCAGCAUCAUUAGCAAGAAAUGUGCUUAUAGGCAGUGAAUCAUCAAAUACAACAGGAAUUCCAGCAUCAAAAGUUGCAGCACAUCCAGAAGAAAGAAAGGGUCAAACUCCAGACACAGAUAUUGGGAGGAUAUAUGUUGAAGAUCCAGAUGAUUGGGAUCUGCCUGACAAAACAUUUUACUGGGAAGGAAAUGUACACCCAGGUUUUAUAAUCAACGAGAGGACAGGAAUGAUCAGGAUACAACACAGUGCACCAGAAGGAGUAUACAAUCUGAAGUUCAAAGUAUAUGACAAAAAACAUCUGCAGACUACACCAGCAUACAUCACUGUUACUGUGAAGAAAAUUUCUCAUGAUAGUAUCAUUAAUUCUGGGUCAAUAAGAAUUGCUGAUUUAUCAGAUGAAGAAUUCAUAAAAUGGAACUUCACUGGAACAAAGAGAAAGAAAAGUAAAGCUGAACUUUUAGUGGAAAAACUAGCAAAGCUAUUUAGUGUCAAAGAUGAAAAUGUAAAUAUAUUCAGCAUCAGUCUCCAUAAAGAGUAUCCACCUAUUCUAAAUGUCUUUUUCUCUAUCCAUGACACACAAUAUUAUAAACCAGUUGAAAUAAAUGGUAUUGUGCAAGUUCACAAAGAACAGGUAUCAAAGGAAGUUGGCAUCAACAUCAUAAUGGUUGGAAUUGAUGACUGUCUUGAGGAAUCAGUCUGUCAAGGUCCAUGCUCUAGUGCAAUGGAGAUAGGAAAGCACUCUCUUUUAGUGGAUGCAAACAUGACAUCUUUUGUCAGUGUUUCAGUUACCAUGAAAGCUGAAUGCACAUGCAAGACACAGAAGCACAGAAUGCAGAAUCCAGUCAGAUGUUAUAAGGAUUAUUGCUACAAUGGUGGUCACUGUUUGCAGAAGGGUAACGGAAUAAGCUGCCUAUGUCCAUCUGGUUUUGAUGGACCCAGAUGUCAACAAACAACUUUAGAUUUCAAUGGUCAUGGUUGGGCAUGGUUUUCACCAUUGCAGUCUUGCAGUGAAAAUCAUCUUAGUGUAGAAUUCGUAACAAGGAAAAGAAAUGGCAUAAUUCUCUAUAAUGGUCCAUUGUCAGUACCACAGCCAAACGACAUAUUUGCAUCAGAUUACAUUUUAUUGGAAGUAAUAAAUGGGCAACCUCAGUUUACCUUGGAUCUUGGUUCUGGGGCAGUAGAAUUGAUGCUAAGAAUGACUAAUAAUGUGACUGAUGGCCAGUGGCAUCAUAUUGAUCUCUUCUGGAAUACUAAGAAUGCUCGUCUUGUGGUAGACUACUGCCAGUCUGCUGUAGUGGCUGAAGCAGAAGAUGGAACAACAUUCUUCAAUGGGACAGCUUGCCAGACAGAAGCAAAAUUACCACCAUUCAGUGAGCAUCUCAAUUUAAAUACCCCUCUGCAGAUUGGUGGUAUUUAUAAGCAUUCAGUUCAUUCAAGCCAUCACAAAUGGCAAGGCAGAGGGAAUCCAGAAGGUUUCGAUGGCUGUAUAAGAAACAUUUUUCAUAAUGGAGAGCUUCUAGAUCUAUCAGGGUCUAGGAUGUCAUCAGGAACAGGAGCAGGUUGUGUCAAGAUUGAGAACAUAUGCAGAAAUCUGGAUUGUGGAAACAGAGGGUCCUGUGUUGCUGAUUUGACUGGAUCACUGCCCAUCUGUUUAUGUCAACCAGGAUGGAGUGGAAUAACAUGUGUGAAGCCAACCCAUCCAUUCACCUUCCUGCCUCAUAGCUAUGUCAAGUUUGCACUUUCUUUUGAACCUAGUCACUUCAGUACUCUUGUGCAAAUGAGAUUUAGAACAAAAGAGACAAGUGGGGAGCUCAUUCACAUAGCUGAUCACCAUUCACAAGAGUAUGCAAUACUGGAGAUACGAAACAGUGUUCUUGUAUUUCGUUACAACUUGAACAGCUAUUAUUCUGAAGAGAUAGCUAUAUGCUUGUGCUUUAUCCCUGUAAAUGAUGGAUAUUGGCAUACAGUGAAAGCAUCCCGUUAUGGCUCAACAGCUUUUCUUCAGAUUGAUGAUGGUGAAAAUGCACAAUACAAUGGGACAUUCUCCUUUAGAGGGCACCAACUGCUUGUAGCUGAUAAAAGAGAAGGGAUAUAUGCAGGUGGCAAAGCUGAAUACACAGGAAUGAAGACAUUUGAAAUACAGGCUGAUUUUAAAAAUGGUUGUAUGGAUGACAUCAGACUGUAUGGAAAAAGUCUCCCAUUACCUCCAGUGAUCAAUGCCACCCAGUGGGCUCAGGCAGUAGUAGCCCACAAUGUAGUGUAUGGUUGUACAUUAAAUGACUCUUGUGCCUUUGUUAACUGCCCAGAACCUCUCCGAUGUGUUGAAAUGUCAGAUUCAUAUGAAUGUGUGUGUGCAGAAGAAGUACUGAAAUUUGGUAACAAUGACUGCACAGAUAACAAUGGAUGUUCACAACUGCCGUGCUGGAAUGGGGGCAUGUGCAUUUCUCAAGAUAUUCUGUCACAGUAUAAUUGUUCUUGUCCUGAUGGGACAUUAGGGCCAAACUGUGAAUCUGUACUUGAAAGCCAAAUUUUCCAACUUAGUCCCAGUGCCUUAGCAGCAAUAAUAACUUGCUUUAUUUGCAUAUUUGCCUUAGCUGUAGGCUUUCUUGUGUGGAGCCAUAGGACCAGACGUCUUGGCAAAACAAAGCCAGAAAAUUAUGAUGCUCAUAAAAAUGGAGAAAGCUGCUGCGAUAAACUAGACAGCGUAGAAAAUACUGCUGCACUUGAUAUAAAAUCCUUACAUGGCGCUAUUGAAAGAAAAGAUAAAACUACUUGCAUUGAACUACAACAUGUGCACCUUGAAUCCAUUAUAAUAGGAAGAGCAUCUACAUUAGAAAAAUGCAAAAAAGAGGCUGAUAUAGAUUUGAUUGCACAUACAGCAGAAGACUGUAAGGUGUAUGCAUACGAGGGGGAAGUAUCUGCUGCACCGUCAAUUUCAUCCCCAGCAUCAGUAUCUUGUGCUGAAAGCCAGACUACUGGUGUGUGCGUAAACUGGGGUCCUCAGUUUGCCACUCGGAUUGAAUCAGAAGGACAUACAGAUGUUUGAAAUGUUGUACCAGAUAUAAAUAAUUUCUUGUGGCUGUGAAACUAAACAGUUGUUUGUACUCUUAUAUAUACAGACACUUGACCUGUUCACCAG